GUGGCCCACGUGGGGGGACAACGUGUGAGUUGGGGUGCGCCUUCCCCUGGACGGAGCCCGCGGGGACCUGUACUCCAUCAAGUGGUGGCACGACAACGACGAGUUCUACCAGUACAUCCCCAAGAAUCCCAAGCCCCAGCUGAUCUUCAACCUCACCGGCAUCAGAGUGGACUCCGAGAAUUCCACAGAGUUCAAGGUCGUCCUGAAGAACGUGGGUCUGUCCUCCUCCGGCACCUUCACCUGUGAGGUCAUAUCCGAUGAUAAUUUUGAAACCUUCCAGAAGUCUGCCAACAUGACGGUCAUAGACCCACCGGACCACGCCCCGGGCCACAGGGGACCCGAGAUCCAGGUGUCGGGGUGGGGCGGCACGGGGCCCGUGGAGGUGCAGGAGGGUCAGCAGGUGGAGGCUCAGUGCGUGGCUCGCGGCGCCUACCCCCAUGCAGCUCACCUGGUACAUCAACGACACGGAGGUGCCCCAGCAGUACGUGUCGAAGCAGAGCCAGAGACAGGAGGACCUCAACACCUUCACGACGGUGGUGAGGCUGGAGCUGCCAGCCAGGGAGAGGUGGGACAACCAGGGUCGCCUUCACCUUCGCUGCGACGCUGAGAUUCCCGACCUGUACCGCGAGUCUUCGGUUCUCGAGCUCCACAACCCGGUCUUCAGGAGGCUACAGCAGUCUGGCUACUUCUCUGCCGGUUGCACUCUUAGCCAGUCCUCACUCGUGGUACUGGCGUGGGCGGCGGUGAUGGGGAUGAGGGUGGUGGAGGCGAUGGUUGGAGGAGCCGCUUACUGCUUCUCUCCCCACCACAACUUAGCGCACUCCCCGCCGCCUCGCUCUUAACACUUCCUGGCGGCGCCGCGAAGAAGAGAGGGAGACACACACACAUUUCACGCCACACACCUGCGAGAAACACCUUAAAAAAUCACACCACGUAGGAGACACAUGGAGAAAGAGAGAGAGAGAGAGAGAGAGAGAGAGAGAGAGAGAGAGAGAGAGAGAGAGAGAGAGAGAGAGAGAAUGAAAGAAAUUAUCAAAAGGACACUUGAUCUUCGUCUUUUUUUGUUUUGCGAGUGAGAAAAAGAACAACAACAACAACAACAACAACAACAACAAAAACAAGAAGUAGAAGAAGAAGAGGUAGAGUUACUAAUAAAAAAUAAAAAAAGAGGAAUAAGGGGAAAAGAGUGAGUGACAAGGGAAAAAAAGAAAAUCGAGGUGUGAAAAUAUGCUGUAGAUAAGAACUCCCUAAUUAUGGCGCCUUUUUUCUCUAAGACUUUGGAAGGAUCUAAAUUUGUCCUCACAUUGUAGCGUAAAAUAUUUUGUGCGCCAGAGAGAGAGAGAGAGAGAGAGAGAGAGAGAGAGAGAGAGAGAGAGAGAGAGAGAGAGAGAGAGAGAGAGAGAGAGAGAGAGAGAGAGAGAGAGAGAGAGAGAGAGAGAGAGAGAGAGAGAGAGAGAGAGAGAGAGAGAGAGAGAGAGAGAGAGAGAGAGAGAGAGAAUAGUCAAAUACUGAACGAUUUUUUGUGUGGAUAAAAAAAAAAAUAGACACCAGGGAUAAAGCUAAAUAUAUUACAACAAUAAAGAAAGAGAGAAAAAUAAAUCGAUUGGAAAAAAAAGAAAGACGAAAACUCAAACAAUGGAAUGAAAAAAGUAAAGGAUUCCUAUACAAAACGAAAAAAAAAAAAACACCACAUACAUUUUUCGUGGAUAAAAGGAAGACAAAAAUAUAAAUGUCACUGAUGUUGAGAACGAAAGAAAGAAAAACACUGGAUUACCUGGAAAAUGAAGAUACUGGAAACCAACCACGACCUGAAGCUGCCACGAUGUUUAAGAAAUAAAGGUACAAGGACACACACACACACACACACACACACACACACACACACACACACACACGCACACACCUGACCCCCUCAAGCCUCAAGACUCGUUGCAGCCGUGGCAGAGGCAGCGAGAUGCUCUCCUCCGACCUACAGAAUUAUAUGUAGAAACGUAGCAUUAGCCCGCGCCCUAUAUAGCCUGUACAUAUAUCCCUGACCCUCCCUGUACCCCCCUGCGCCUCACCUCAAGGGACCUCCCAGACGCAGGUGAUGAUGCGCAUAAGCUGAGAUGAGAUGAGUCAAUGUGAUCCAUCUUGUUUCAACGCGUAUUAGACAUGUUUUUUGGUUCCGCUUUUCACUUGCACUGCAACUAGUGACCUUGAACCGCCAUCCAUCACGAAAGACUGUCGGUGUCCUGCCUUCCCCUCCUCUCCCCUCCUUCCCCAUCCCUCACUCUCCCCUCAUCUCCCCUCUACCUCUCCUACCUUCCCUCCCCGCUUCCUCCUCCCUCAGCCCUCAACUCCCUCUCAUCUCCCCUCUACCUCUCCUGCCUUCCUUCCCUUCGCCUUCUUCCCCAACCCUCACUCCCCUCUCAUCUCCCCUUUACCUCCCAUGCCUUCCCUCCCAUCCACCUCCUUCCCCAACUCUCAUCCUUCUCUCAUCUCUCCUUCCCCUCCUGACUCUCGUCCCCUCCGCCUCCUCCUCCUCACCAAUCCUUCUUUCCCUCUCAUCUCACUCUUCCGCUUCCUUGUCUCUCCUCCCCUUCGUCUUCUGUUCCUCCUCCUCCUCCUCCUCACCAAUCCUUUCCUUGCUCUAUUUCCCUCUCAUUUUCCCCUCCUGUUUCCUGCUUUGCUUUCCCUUCUGCCUCCCGUUCCUCCUCCUACUCUUUUCCACCCAAUCCUUUUCCAAUUCCCUCUUUCCUUUUAUUCCUUCCCUGCCUCUCCUUCUCAUCAUCACCUCUUUCUCUUGUUCUUCUUUACCCAUUCAUCUUCUCCAAUCUUUCCACCCAUCUCAUUUUCCCCUCUCCUUCGUCCCCUGUUACUCCCUCUCCUCCUCAACCGGUCCUUCCCCAACCUUCUCUCUCCUCUCAUCCUCCCCUUCUCCCCCUUCAUCCUCCCUUUCGCGAUAUUAAUACAAUGACUACAAGCGUUCUGGUUGUUGUUGUUGUUGCUGCUUCUGCUGGUGUACCUUUUUUCUCCCCCUCCCGUCACUUCCUACCUGUGUUGUGGCAGGUGAGAGUAUUACAGAGCUGUUUCAAUAAAGUGAUUAUUGCUACUGUUCGCAUUACUGACAACCAUCACUUCCUUCACAGCGCUGCCACACACUCCGCUCAUCACUCACCGCACACACAUACUGACUUUCUCCUGUUAUUUCCUCUUGCUAAUGUUUCUUUCCGCUGUUCUUUCUGCUGCUAACUCGGCUAUGUCAACUACUUCUACUCUACUACUACUGCUAUAGCUACUACUACUACUGCUACAACAACUACUACUACUACUACUACUACUACUACUACUACCCCGUACUGUCGCUGCUGCUGAUAAUACUACUAUUACUUCUACUACAACUACUACUACUACUACUAGUACUACUACUACUACUACUACUACUACUACUACUACUACUACUACUGUUGUUGCUGCUGCUGCUGCUGCUGCUGUUUCUGCUGUUGCCACUACUACUACUACUACUACUACUACUACUACUACUACUACUACUACUACUACUACUACAACUACUACUACUACAACUACUGCUGCUACUACUACUACUACUAUUCUUACCACCACCACCAUUACCUCUACCACAGUGACCUUAGUUUUUAAACAAUACCUCUUGUUUUGUAGAUUUGCGUGAAGGUAUGAUGCAAUGCUCAAUACGACGGCAACACUCAUGAAAUGUUGAUAUAAAUUACCACCAUUUUUAUUAUAAUUUUCAUUGUUAUUCUGUUAUCAUUAUUAUUAUUAUUAUUAUUAUUAUCAUCAUCAUUAUUAUUACUUUUAUUCUUAUUAUUCUUAUUAUUACUAUCAUCACUAUUGUCAUCAUGUAUACUCGUACUUCUAAACCUAACCAUUCAGUCAUUUUCCUGUACAUACGAUGUUUUCGUGACGCAUUCAGAAACAGAAGUGCACCUUUUCAAAAGUUCCGCAUAUUAUAUUUCCUACCUUGGAAGAUUUAUUUUCCAGACAAUAAAUUAAAUGUAACUAAUUUCCCCCUGAAAAAACCUUGCGCUUUUUCUUAAUAAUUCACCAAUCAUUGUUUCUUAUCGUCGCUAAUGGCGUGUCCGUAGUCACGAGGUUUUAUUAUUAACAAAAGCGGCGAUCCACAAGGCUGAGGCGAGGCCCGGAGCGUGACACGCCGCGGGACUGCUCCUGCUGCUGCUCCUGCAGCUGCUGAGGGGGUGGUGCCCUUCGCUUGUCCCUAGUCAGUGAUUGUCCAUCUCUGCCUGUCUGUCUGCCUGCCUGCCUGCCGGAGUGCUGGGGCGAGCAACAAAGUGAAGAUCGAACUCAAAGGAACAGACAAUACACACACACCGCCACACCCACUUGACACCGGGACCGGCGACAGCACCACCACCACCACCACCACCGGCACCAGCAGGCUGCUCACAUACAAGGGACCCGAGCCUCAGAGGUGUACAUGUGUAGCUAGAAGUGCACGGAUAUACAUAUAUGUGCAUCUGUAUGCAUAUAUCAUGCGUAUGUAUGAGUGUACGUAAGAACGACUGUGUGUGCAUAACUGUGGAUCAGUGUUUACAUACAAGCGUAUUACUAAUAUUAUGCAUGUAUUUAGCUUUUUUCAUUUCUUUUCUUCUUCAUUCAUAACUUAAAUCAUUACUGGCGUUAUUACUGUUAUUAUUAUUAUUAUUAUUAUUAUUAUUAUUAUUAUUAUUAUUAUUAUUAUUACAACGAUCACCAACAUCAUCUUAUUCUAACAAUUACAAUUUUUUUUCCAUUCCUCCCUGAGCUUCGUUCCACAGUGUCGGGUAACGUAUGUAAUUGUCUCAUGUAAUUUAAGAAUAAAGAAAAUUAUCAUAGU